CACUCUGCAGACCUGGGGAGCUCAGGACUCUGCACAUCUGCUCCUCUGUAGGGAGAGAAGAGACUUCUAUUGCUGGAUAAUAUCACAUAUUAAAAUGCCUAAAAGGAAAACCUUGCUGCUCCUGUUACAGGUUCUGCUGGAAUUAUGCUGGGGAUGUGAAGCACAGACAAAUUACCAAGCACUUGAUCUUCUCUCGCCUGCAGUCCAGAGGCAGAUCACAAGUUACCUUCAGCAAGCACUCAGCAAUCCCUCCAUGAAUGAAGUCUAUGUACUCUCCACAUUUAAACUGCAGCCCAAAUCCACAGCCACUCUUUUUGGUCUUUACUCUGCGAAGGACAACACCAGGUACUUUGAAUUCACAGUAAUGGGCCGUUUAAACAAAGCUUCUCUUCGAUACCUCAAGAAUGAUGGCAAAAUGAACUCUGUCAUCUUUAACAACAUUGAGCUAGCUGAUGGGAAGCAGCACUCACUUCUACUGCACCUCAGUGGUCUGCAGCGGAGGUCCAGCACUGCUGAGCUGUACCUGGACUGUAUCCAAGUGGAUGAUAUCAAGGAUCUGCCACGGCCAUUGUCAGGAAUAAACCUAAACACUGGAACUGUGCAGCUGAGGACUCUGCAGAAGAAAGCACAGGAUUCUAUGGAUGCACUGAAGCUGGUGCUGGGAGGAUCACUAACACACGUAGCGUCAAUACAAGACUGCUUCAUGCAGCAGAGCGAACCUGGACAAUAUGCAGGUGAUGUCAGCAGACAGCUCUUAGGUCAAAUCUCACAGCUGAACCAGCUGCUUGGAGACGUCAGAGAUGUUAUGCGACAACAGGUGAAGGAAACCAUGUUUUUGAGGAACACAGUUUCAGAAUGCCAGGCCUGUGGUUUAAUUCCAGACUCUCCAUAUCCAACACCAGCUCCAAAACCAGAAACUACUGCAACUCCAAGGCCUCGAUGUGACGCAACUUCAUGCUUUCGAGGAGUGAAAUGCACAGUGUACGGAAACGGGGUUCAGUGCGGGCCCUGUCCUGAGGGUUAUACUGGCAAUGGCGUGACGUGUACUGACAUAGAUGAGUGUCGACUGAACCCUUGUUUCCCAGGCGUUCGAUGCAUAAACACCUUUCCAGGUUUCAGAUGUGAGUCCUGCCCCCCUGGAUACACAGGACCUAUUGUACAAGGAGUUGGCACUACCUACGCCAAGCAAAAUAAACAGAUAUGCCUUGAUAUUAAUGAAUGUGAAAAUGGAAGAAAUGGUGGAUGUGUGUCAAACUCCAUUUGCACUAAUACUAUGGGGUCUUUUCGCUGCGGACCUUGCAAUUCCGGGUAUCUCGGUGACCAAAGCAAAGGCUGUACACUACAAAGAAACUGUUGGAACCGAGCUCAGAACCCCUGUCAUAUCAAUGCAGAAUGUAUCGAGGAGAAGAAUGGAGACAUAACCUGUAUUUGUACGGUUGGAUGGGCUGGCAAUGGCUUUAUCUGUGCCAAAGACACUGAUAUUGAUGGAUACCCGGAUGAAGCUCUACGGUGCAGUGAGGAAAACUGCAAGAAGGACAACUGUAUGUAUGUUCCAAACUCUGGGCAGGAAGAUGCUGACAGAGAUGGCAUUGGGAACGCCUGUGAUGAUGACGCGGAUGGAGAUGGCAUUCCGAAUGAGCAGGACAACUGUGUGCUGGUUUCCAACAUCAAUCAGAAAAACAGCGACCAGGACAUAUUUGGGGACGCCUGUGAUAAUUGUCGCUUCAAACUGAACAAUGACCAAAGGGACACGGACAAUGAUGGACAAGGGGAUGCAUGCGAUGACGAUAUGGAUGGAGAUGGAAUCAAGAAUUUCCUGGACAACUGUCAACGGGUCCCUAAUGUGGACCAGAAGGAUAGAGAUGGAGAUGGUGUAGGUGAUGCCUGUGACAGCUGCCCUGACGUUGCCAACCCAAACCAGUCAGACAUCGAUAAUGACCUGGUGGGAGAUUCCUGUGACACUAACCAAGACAGUGAUGGGGACGGCCACCAGGACAGCACAGACAAUUGUCCCACAGUCAUUAACAGCUCGCAGCUGGACACAGACAAAGACGGACAGGGAGAUGAGUGUGACGACGAUGAUGACAAUGAUGGAAUUCCUGACCUUAUUCCUCCAGGCCCGGACAACUGCAGACUUGUCCCUAACCCAGAUCAGCAGGAUGACAAUAAUGAUGGUGUUGGAGAUAUCUGUGAAUCUGACUUUGACCAGGACAAGGUCAUUGACCGCAUUGAUGUCUGCCCAGAAAAUGCUGAGAUCACCCUGACCGACUUUAGAGCCUAUCAAACUGUUGUUCUGGACCCUGAGGGUGAUGCCCAAAUAGAUCCCAACUGGAUUGUUCUGAACCAGGGCAUGGAGAUUGUACAGACAAUGAAUAGUGACCCUGGACUUGCAGUUGGUUAUACAGCUUUUAAUGGCGUUGAUUUUGAAGGCACAUUCCAUGUGAACACGGUCACCGAUGAUGACUACGCUGGUUUUAUCUUUGGCUAUCAGGACAGCUCAAGUUUCUAUGUAGUCAUGUGGAAGCAGACAGAGCAGACCUACUGGCAAGCCACCCCAUUCAGAGCGGUUGCAGAGCCCGGCAUUCAGCUCAAGGCCGUCAAAUCAAAGACAGGACCUGGAGAACAUCUUAGAAACUCACUCUGGCACACUGGGGACACCAACGACCAAGUGCGGCUGCUCUGGAAGGACCCCAGAAAUGUUGGCUGGAAAGACAAGGUGUCUUACCGUUGGUUCCUGCAGCACAGACCUCAAGUUGGAUAUAUUAGGGCGAGGUUCUUUGAAGGCAGCGAGCUGGUGGCAGAUUCAGGCGUCACUGUGGACACCACCAUGCGUGGAGGAAGACUUGGGGUGUUCUGCUUCUCACAGGAAAACAUCAUCUGGUCCAACCUGAAGUAUCGUUGUAAUGAUACAAUCCCAGAGGACUUCCAAGCUUUCCAAGCUCAGCAGUUCACAUCUUAAAGUAACACAGAGCCAAAGAAGUUUAUUUUUUUGUUUUGCUGUAAUCACGUUUUUAUUUGUUGAUAAGGAAAGAAAAUCUGAUGUAACAAAGUUUUUUUAUACCUACUGUACAUGAAUGUAUGUGACAUAAAACAGGUACAAUAAAGAAAAGUUUAAAAUGA